UCAGUGUCUUUCUUGCAAGAGGAAAGCUGCAAUGGCUGCGUGGAAUGCCUUGAUCUCGUACGCCUCUCUCCGACGCCUCAGGCCAGUCGCUUCGAUCCCUCCGUCGCCAUCCCCGUUAUCUCCGUCCUUUGGAAGGUCUGGAAUCCUCGAUCGUGAGCCCAAGUUGGACGGCAUUCGCGUCGGUCGGUCCCUCAGAUGGAAUGUUUCACGAACUUCCUCUGGGUCUACAAGCUCACCAUCUGUGAGAAUUGAUCAAGACACGGAUUCUGUUCCAACACCUGUAGUUUUAAUAGAUCAAGAUUCAGAUUCAAGUGCAACAAUUGUAGAGGUUAGCUUUGGGGACCGUCUUGGAAAUCUACUUGACACGAUGAAAGCUCUCAAGGAUUUGGGCCUGGAUGUGGUUAAGGGAACUGUUUCAACUGGGGCAUCAGUAAUUCAAACAAAAUUAUUUAUAAUGCAUUUGCACACUGGUCGCAAAGUUGAGGAUCCUGACAUGUUAGAGAGAAUUCGUCUUACUAUACUUAACAAUCUUCUGAAGUAUCAUCCAGAAUCCAGUGAACGGCUGGCAUUGGGUGAGGCUUUUGGAAUAAAAGCACCUCAAAAGAAGAUUGACGUUGACGUGGCAACACAUAUUAAUAUUAAGGAUGACGGGCCAAAAAGAAGUAUGCUUUACAUAGAAACGGCUGACCGACCUGGUCUAUUGAUGGAAAUAAUUAAGAUACUAUCUGACAUCAACGUGAGCGUGGAGUCAGCAGAGAUUGAUACCGAAGGUCUGGUGGCUAAGGACAAGUUCCAUGUCAGUUACAGGGGUUCGGCACUGAACAGUUCUUUAUCCCAGGUGUUGAUUAACUGCCUCCGAUUUUACCUCCGACGUCCUGAAACGGAUGAAGAUAGCUAUUAGCUAAUUUUGGGUGGAAGACGUAUCAACGUUUGUGGUUCCAAAAAUGUAUAAUGAGACUGCUCCUGUUCAAGUGGAUUGAGACCUUAAGCUGACCCCGUCCGGGGGAGAUCAACUGGAGGCCUUCCCUUUAGAAGAUUUCUUGCAUGCACAUCUGCGGGCUCACCAUUCUACAGUUCUACUCAGCUUCAUAUACAAGGCUUUGGGGUUGUAUUUUAACUAUGGUUAGUUAUAUUAAUGGUUGGCAUUACUCGUUUCUCA